GGCGCGCGCACCGCGAAUUAGGUUAGAGAUGUUGGGAAUGCUGUCUAUUUAAAUGUUGGAGCGAAACCCGCCUGUGCUCGUGAACCACACACACGCAAUCUAAUCAAAAGUGAUGAAAAAUGUCAGAAAUCAGGCGGAUCGCACUGAUACCGUUCGGCGCGGAUAAAGGUGAUCUAGCAUCAGGAAGUGGCAAACAGAAGACGACUGCACCACCACCGAGGACGGUCAGACUAACAUUCUUGCUGCCCGAUUCCAACGAACAGGAAACAUGCCCCGUAUUCAACUACAAGGAAGAGCUAGCUGCCACAAAGAAAAAGGAGAAAUUGAAAGGUAACAAUGCAAACGUCGGCGAUCGGUCUGGUGCGAACGAGUUGGACCCGUUCGACGAGGCCGACGAUGACGUGCGUAGAAUUGCUCAAGAAAUGGAGAAUAAAUACGGAGGAGGGCCUUCGCUGAAAAAGAAACGGAAAGGCAGGAGGGACGACUACGCGGAUAUAGGCAUGGGGUACGAUGAGUCCGACUCGUUCAUCGACAAUACCGAUGGCUACGAUGAGAUGAUUCCGCAGAACGUUACCACCCUGCACGGCGGAUUCUAUAUCAACUCCGGGGAGCUGGAAUUUAAGGCCGACGACGAGGCUAGCUCGGAUGUAUCGUCGAGAUCGUUCUCAUCGAGUGGCGAGGACGAGGAGGAUGAGGCCCCGGCGAAGAGACCAAACUCAAAGAGGGUUCUAGAGUCGUCGGAAUCGGAGGGAGAAAAGGAGACUGAAAAUGGAAAGGGCGCAGCGAAGAAGAUCCACCAGAACAAGAAGCAGAAGACGGUGGUGAAUGGGGAAGCAGCUCAGAAAGAGCGAAAGCUCGUCCUACCCGACAAGAUAAAGCAGUUGCAGCCACAUAAGAAGGAUGAGAACAGGAAGAAAGACCUGCUGCGUGAGAAACGAGAAGAGAGUAACAUUAUCGGCUCUAACGAUAGCAGCAAAGUGUUGGAUGCCGGAGAGAAAGAUGCGAUGAAGGAGAACAAGAAACCGACGGGUCAGGUUAACUUGAUCGAUGUCCCUGAACCACCGACGGUUGUAGACAAUGGCAACAAGAUCUUAGAGAGCGAGAGCCGCAAGGAACAUGUAAAUAGCAGUAAAGACGUUACACCGGUUACCAAUUGUUCGAUAAGCAAAGAUGCCGAAAUUGUGCCAUCUUCGGAGGGCGAGAACAGUGCGGACAGCUGUAUAUUGGAGCAGCAGCAUGAAAAGAGCGAAGCUGUUCAGUUACCUGAACAGCUUCCUUCUAGCAUUCUGGAACUGAUCGAAAAACUAAAGGAGGCGGCAGUUAAUUGCUCGGACUCCACUAAACUCUUCACGACUCCUGUAAAUACGCUGUUGCUUAGUCUCGAAAGGAAGUGCCGAUGCCUUGGGAAGCAGUCAAAAUCAAAGAUCUACCAACACCUUGGCGUCGCAAUGAAGUGCAGGAAAGAGACGCUGGCGAAGCGGGCCAAAAAUUUGGUCUUGGUGGAGGACAACAAACGGAUCUCGGAUAUGAUUUUGCAGUUGAAGGUUAAUAUUGAAACGACGAUGCCACCUUUGCUAGAAAUUUAUGACAAGGAAUGCGUGAAGACUUUGCAGAAAAAAAAAGAAAACGAGAACGAAUCUGAGAAGCAAAUACGGAUGCCGAAGAGGAAGUUCACGUGGUCGGAGGAAAUGAAGAAACUACUUAGGGAUGUGAUAAGUACAAAGAAGAGGUGUUUCAUUCUGGAGGCAAAGAAGCCGAUGACGAUGACCAAGGAAACUUUGGAGGCGCAAAUGUUGUCUUUCCUGCGGACGGAUAUUCAAAUUCUAUGGCCCGAGGGAUGGAUGUCGAUGACGGCGCUUACGAAGAUGUACAAUCAGUUCACGAAAUCCCCAGGAGGUGGGGAUCCGAAGGUGAUUAACGCGUUACCUCGGGACAAUCUUAAACCGGUGUGCCUCAACAAGGAACUGCAAAAGUUGACGCAACCAAGUAGUACAAAAGACCUGAAACGAAGUGUUAGUGAAAAAGAAGUGCUUGGUGCGAAAGAGAUGCAAAAGUUGGCCAGCAACUCGAUGCUGUCCAUUAUACCAGUGGAUGCUGCGAAGAUGUUAGCCGACAAGACGAAGGAGAGAAAGAACGAGCUGACCAUCAACAAAAUCGAACAAUCACCACUGCCAAUCGAGAAGAUGGGCGGCAGCGGUCUAAGCAUAACUCCAGCAGUGAUUACCUCCAAGACUAAGCAACAAUCCAAGACUGAUUCAGACCUGAAAGCUAAAGCGGAGCAAUUGCUGAAAUUCAUCAAACCGCCCACCGACCACAAGAUCGAGAACAUCAUAAAGCCUUCGCCGCCAAAGACACCGGACGCGGAGUGCCUCACCACCACCAAGAGCAAACCAGAAAACCUCUCUAAGCACAAGAACGAGCAUUCUUCGAAGUUGUUCGCGGAGUCGCUACUCAAAUCUCUGAAGGCCGAGGAGAAAGCGAAAUCGGAAACGAAAUCCAAGAGCAGUGACCAUAAGAAUUCCUCUUCUUCGUCGUAUGCUAGGACGAAAACGAACGAACACUCGGAAUCAAAACCCGAGAAUCUGUCGCGAUCGAAGACGCUCGAAAACGACAUCAUCAUACUGGAGGACACCAUGAUGGAGCCGGAGCGACCGAAGAAUCCGGAAAUGAAGAUGAUUGAUCUUACCGCAGAAUCGUCGAGUGAGGUGAAGCGUAAACCGGGCCCCAAAAGCAAAACGAAAUACUACGAUCAGACGACGAAAGUUAAAUCGACGAAGAGCUCAUCGAUAGUGAACACCGCCGAACUAGACAAUAUUAUAGCGAGCACUCGCAAAGAGAUGGAAAUGCUGCACAACAGCAAGAAGCAGCAGCAGCACAGCAACAAGGAGAAGUCUCACAAUGAAGAGACGGCAUCCAUCGAAGAAGUUAUGGAACAUCUGAAACACCUGAAUCAGAUCACGGCGCCUCUCGUAAAGACCGAAUCCUCGUUGACGAGUUCCCCGGUCAGCGUCAUCGCCUUCAACAAGAACUUCUCCACGAAAACCUCGCCAAUGUCCGCGUGCGCUUCCUCGUCUUCUUCAUCGACAAACACAGCCACACCCUCCACCAACAACGUCCUCCCCGACCACAUCAAACCCGACUUCGGCGAUGGCUUUCAGAAGCAGUUCUACAAUUUUAACUCCACUUCCAACGCAACCUCUUCGAAAAACUACAACAGCGGACAUCCUACGUUAAAUUCGCAUUCGGAUAAAUACUUUACGAGUGGGAACUACAAUUACACACAAAACUCAAAAUAUAAAAAUUAUACAACUCCCGCACCAGGUACAUAUAAUAUAAUGGACGAUAUGUUAGCGAAUUUUAUUACGGAAUACGCAGCAUGUCCAAAAACAACAGCCAACCACAAGCCGAAGCCCCCUUCGCAGAAAUAGCUACUAAUAACGAUUGUCGUUACCCUCACGAAGACGACAACCACCAGGACACCACCAACUCGACUACUGCCAUUUCUCGCUAAACCGUCGCAAGCGUUGCGUUCAUAACUAUAUAUAUAUAUACACACACACAAACACACACACAGAUAUAUAUAUAAACAAUAUAAGAAUAUAUAUUUUUUUGUACAGUCCUGUAUAUUUGUGGAUAAUGAAAAUAACGAAAGUGUGUACAUUUCGAAGGAGACUAAACGAUUUCUGAGUGAUAGAGAGAAAGAGACACGAAACAGAAAAUAAUCAUUCCUCUUGUCUUUUUUUUUUUAAUUUGU